CAGUCGGUAUAAUUAUCUCGAGGACGGCGCAAUGUCCAUCAGCGAAAUGCUGGACCCGUGGCGUCAUGCGAAAUCCUUGGAAGAGUACCAGAGUGAAAUGCGUACGAAUCGCAGGAACAGCCUCACUGACAAUUUCACACCGCCCACGAUCGGCCGCCGCGCGUGGAACAUGUGCAAGUCGUUGCCGCACUCGCCGAUUACAUGGAUGUUUCUCAUCACCUUGGGUUGCCUCUCCGCCUUGCUAGGGUCGCUGAUGGACUAUUGGAUCUUCACGAUCGUAUCGUUGCGCCAACGCAUGAUUCUUGAUCUAGGAGAAGACUCGUUGGCAUCGUACUUGGUGUGGGUCGUCUGGACAGUCGUCUGCGGUGUCCUUGCGUCUUCCUGUGGCUACUUCAUCUCUACCAACUCCGACGGGUCCGGGAUUCCCCAAAUGAAGGCGCUGUUGGCAGGUCAACUCGGCUCGUCGAACGUGCUGUCCUACGCAACGCUCGUGGCCAGAUGCACAGGGACAGUUCUCUCGAACGCGUCGGGCCUGUCCGUGGGAAAGGAAGGGCCGUUCCUCCACAUCGUGUCCAUCAUGGCCGACAAACUGAGCAGUCUCGCGAUAUUUCGCCCCACCGCCGACAACUUUACGUACAUUCGAGCAGGCGUUGCGUGCGGCGUGACCGCCGUGUUUGGGUCUCCUUUGGGCGGUGUUCUCUUUAGCAUUGAAGUGACGUCGCAGUACUAUGCGAUCAAGAAUCUAUGGCAAAGCGUGAUCAGCUCGUCCGUGUGCGUCCUCACGUUUCAGAUCAUCUCGGUCCUCCAGAACGACGUCCUGUUCACCAACACCAAGUUUGCCGACUUUGAACUCGGGUGGGAGCUGCUCGGGUUUCUCUUGUUGGGCGUGCUCAGCGGGGUUCUGGCUGCGACGUUUGUUAAAUGCGUUCAAUGGCUCCAUGGUAUGAAGAUUGCGCUCUUGGAGAGACUCGCCCGCCCGCUCGUCCAGCGCUAUUUGCACGUGGCUGUCGCUUGCGCCGUGACGGGUGUUCUCGCGUAUCCAUGUCAUCUGCUCCGGUGGACCGACCGCGUCAUCGUGAACGACAUGUUCAAAGAUGUGCCACUUGCCAAUUUGACCUCGAUCGAGCAGUCGACGACGUUUUCGCCGCACUUGUAUCUCCUGCUCUAUCUUGGCUUCAAGUUUGCAAUCACGUUGGUGCCGUGUGGCCUACCGCUCUCGUGCGGCAUCUUUACCCCACUGUUUACGUAUGGUGCGGUGGUCGGUCGGCUCUACGGAGAGCUGCUCGUCGUGCUGGUGUCGCCGACUGUGUCGCCGGCAACGUACGCAGUCGUUGGCGCUGCGUGCUUUGCAUCAGCGGCUACGCACACCGUGUCAACGGCCGUGAUUGUGUUUGAGCUGACAGGCCAAUUGAGCCACAUGCUACCCGUGAUGCUGUCCGUCUUGGUCGCGUACUCGAUCGGCGGCAUGAGCUCCCCCAGCAUCUACGAUGUCUUUGCCAAAAUCGCCGGACUCAACUUUGUCUGCGCCGACAUCACAGACUCGGUCUUGGCCCACAAGAUGGCCCAUGAAAUGAUGCGGCCGGUUCCGCAAGUGCUAACGAUGCAUUCCACGUAUGCAGAUGCCGUCGCGUUGUUGCAGUCGAUUGAAUCCACGAGGCAUGCCGUCUACAUUCCCGUAUGCGACGACCGCAUGACGCUGUUGGGCGCCGUCCGCCGCGUGGAUCUGCUUCUAGUUUUGUCUCGUCUGGCCGAAAGGGUGACCGCGAACGCCGGCUCGAUUGAAGACGACGAUGCCAACAGCACAUCGACGUCAAUGCUCCAUGCAACUCCAGGACCCAUUGGGCUCGAGGAAGCGGCCGAGUUGCUCUUGCACGAUAAAGCGCUCGGUCGACAAACCAUUCAAUUCGGCCCACCUUACGAUGUUUUGUCGUAUACGGCGCUCCCCAUCAACACGUAUCCGCCCCAGGUGGGGUAUUUCGUUGCGCUCUCCAACGUGUACGUCCUGUCGUGCGUGUACAUGUGGGCCCAAGUGUUUGUGGUCGAGGAAGGAGUGCUCGUCGGACUUCUGUCGAUGGAUGCGACGCUCAAUAGCAUCGCGUUGGACGAGGUGGUCGCGCUUCCAAACGGCAAGCCGCAGUAGCGACUAUGCUUUAUAUAUAUUUAAUAGACGCCUCCGUCGUCGCCAUGUCGAAGUGCUGUCAAGGCCG